AUGGAACAGGCAAAAAUUGACAAUAUUAUCAUUGGAACAGCGGAAGACGCGAUCAAGCUUUCCUCCUUCCAAGAAAUUAUCGUACGAGAAAUCCUGGGGAAACCGAAGUUGAUUGGUUUCAAUGCUGAAGAAGAAUGGCAGCGUCCCCUGAGAGACGCCGUUCAUUUGGUAAACCAGAAAGCCGAACUAUGGCUAAGAUCCCAAACUUGGCAGGAACAAGCAACAAUAGCGAAACUGCCGAGACAACGACUAGCGACAACAACUUUGUCUUCCACCAAGGACCUCGCACUGCUGAUCGCAUUCCGAACUAUGCAAAGAAAGUUGAAAAGCCCUUGGCAAAAAGAAGGUUUUGAUCGCGCGAUCAUCAAAGAAAUUGGGAGCAUCAAUGUUCAAGAACCAGCGGUCGCCAAGGAAUUCGCUCGCGACGUAAACACGGGAAUAGAAUCGAUUCCGGCAAUCAUCGAAGAGGCGUACACAAAAAUAAAAAAUGAAGAAUCACUGGAAGAUACCCGAAAAAAACCUGUUAAACCUGCAUGUCUGACACUUUCCCAGCGAUAA